GUCGAUAUACUGGACUAUAAAAGCGGUAUUUUUCACACCUUCUCCUGCCCCUUGAUCUCACGUUCUCUUUUCUUGAUCGCACCUGCAUCUCCACAUCGAAAUCCUCUCAUCGCCUAGUCCUUCCAUCCUCCAUCCUCCUUUUCUCAUUUUCACUCCUCCCGCUCCUCCCUCUCAUUUCAAGGCAUAUCAGACAAGCAAGGGGAUUGUGCCACCAUGUCGCUCAACACCACAGCCCACCAGAACCAGGCUGAGGACCAACAUAUCAGUUCACCCUCUUCCUCAGCAUCAGCACCGACACCAGCACCAGCAAUACCCCCGACAUCCCUUUCUCUCUUCUUCCUCCCUCCAGAACUCGUCUCCACGCUCGUCCUCAAGACCCAGACCGAAGAUCAAGCCAUUGACCCGUCUGAACUCAAUCCAAUCCCGAUCCAUACCCGCGAGAGUAAGACCGCUGCGGUCGUGACCUCUCUGGACAAUGCGGUUCCCUCCUGCAGAGUCUGCGGUAUAGCCCAAUUCGAAAGCGUUCAGAAGCAACGUGAGCAUGCCAAGCUGGACUGGCACCGAUAUAACCUCAAGCAGCAGCUUCUCGAUAAACGCGCCAAACCCAUCACGGAGCAUCAGUUUGAGAACAUGAUGCAGGAUCUCUCAAGUAUCUCUGGAUCCGACAGCGAGGACAGUACAAGCGAAGACGACAGCAGCAGCCAUAAAGAUAAUGUUGAACACACGGGGGAAGCGGAUCAGGAGGCACUUGUUAAGUCACUGAUGAAGAAGCUGGAGCUUACGGUUAAGCAGAGCCAGAAGACGCGUCAGCAGGAUCCGAUGCUUGUGCACCAGCAACGGACUUUGGAGCAACAGCUUCUCGAGGCCAGGAUGUCGCCCAUGAUCUGGUUCACUAGUCCGCUUUACGAUGAAACUGUGCGACUAGGGAUCUACAAGAACGCUCUGCCGAGCAAGGGACAGUCUGACAACAUUGUGGAGUAUCUGAAGUCGCUCCAGUUCCCUGUGGCACCCGUCAUCAAGAAGCAGAAGAAUAAUAAGGCCAGGAGAGAGGCCAGAAGGGCUGCGGCCGCUGGCACAGCUGCAGUGGAGUCCACGCCAGAGUCAUCAGAACAGCCCGGUACAGACAGUAGUCUUCAGGAACCCAUCAUCAACCCUUCAGAGCCAGUCCUAACUAAGGACGAAGAUCGGGAUGCUUCGAAGGAAACUCUACUGGAUCAGGAAGCGGACGAGGAAGAGGAAGAGGAGGAACACGAACCGGACUGGAUCAAGUACGAAAGAGCAAAGCAUCUCCAUCAGACAACUCCUAUGAAACCUGCAAACCAGGCCAGAUAUUGGACUCUCAUCAUGAUCGGUGGUGGCCAUUUUGCGGGCGUGGUUGUCGAUCUUGCUGGUCAGCUCUCUUCCCACGGUCGAGAGUUGAAAUUGGUCGCACACAAGACAUUCCAUCGCUACACUGUCCGACGCAAGCAAGGAGGAUCGCAGGGGACGCACGGAAUUGCCAAUUCUGCGGGUGCGCGUAUUCGUAUGUACAACGAGGAGGCCCUCAAACUCGAGGUCCGUGAGCUGCUGGACGGUUGGUCGCAUUGGAUCAAGCAGAGCGAGUGUGUCUUUGUUCACUCUCCAGGAAACAAUCGCCGUGUGCUGUUCUACGAGAACUCUGUGAUUUCGGCCGCGGAACGCCAGGGACGCCUUCGAUCCAUUCCCUUUAUGACAAGAAGGCCCACACUUUCGGAGCUCAAACGCGCAUACCAGGAGCUGACGACCGUCAAGGUGUCCGUGUUGACCAAGAACGCACUGAGGCGCAAGGAGGCGGCAGAACAAGAGGCACUGGAGAGGGCUUUGAGUGCUUCGCAUGCCAAAUCGGCCAAGGACCAGGACGGUUUGGGUGAUAUUCAGAAAGAGCCUGUUGUACCAGAUCUAUCGCCAGAGCUGGCAAAGCUGAUCGAGCUUGUGAAGAAGGGGCGUGCAGAGGCCAUGUCGAGUCAAUUGCUGAAGCAUGGAAUCGAUGUGUCUCAGCUCUUGCCGCUCACCACAAGCACAGAGUACGACAUUCGAAGGACACCAACAAUUCUGCAUUUGGCGUCUCAUCAUGGUCAGGCACAGGUGGUCAAGUUGCUUCUUGAGAAACAUUUGGCUGACCCUACGACUACUUCGGCUUCGACCUUGAGCAACCAACUGGAAGCAGGAGAAGAAGAAUCCUCUGCGCUCGGGGCCGGAUCAUUCACGGCUUAUGAUAUUGCUAAGGACAAGGAGACAAGAAACGCAUUCAGGAGAGCCAUGGCACUUCUUCCCGAGGCCUGGGACUGGAUCGGUGGGGCUCAUGUUCCUUCAGCACUUACCCCGGAAAUGGAAGCGGAACAGGAGAGAAAGGCCAAGGAAAAGACACGCAAGCUUCUGGAGGCCGAGCGUGACCGCAAAAAGACCCGUGAGGCCAGUCGACCCACGGCACCUGUUGGCCAAAAUUUGACGAAAACGUCUUCACCUGCGUCGUCUAGUGUCAUGACCAAGAACAUGGCUAGCAUAUCUGCGGCCAAUACACAUUUAUCUCCAGAGAUGCGUAUGCGUCUGGAACGUGAACGACGAGCGACUGCGGCGGAGGCACGUAUGGCGGUGCAAAGGCAGGCAGAGACAACUCGGAGAGCUGUGCAGGAGGGCAAGAACGUGUGCGUCGCGUGUGGCAAGAGUCUCGACAACCUGACACCCUUUGACAAGUUUGGGCGAAAGUUCUGCACAACUGAAUGUGUUGCGAAGGGUCCAGCCUAGAAGUGAUGUAUUCAUCAUAAUCAUCAAUAAACAAGAUAGAAAAGAGUUGCAAGAACGC